AUGGCGGACAACUCGCAGAAACCCUCACAGGAUGAGAAAAUCCAAGAGAUGCGUCGUCAAGUGGAUGAGGUCAAAACUGUCAUGGCUUCCAAUGUAGCUUCAAUUAUGGAACGUGGAGAACGAUUGGAUAGUAUUGAAAGACGCACAGACGAGCUCCAAGCUUCGUCUGCAAACUUCAAGCUGACGGCCCAUCGAGUUCAACGCAAAAUGUGUAUGACGAACGCAAAGUGGACGGUGAUUUCCGUGCUGGUUGCUCUUUUGGUCACGGCGGUCAUAAUUCUGCUUAUUCUUGAUGCCUGUGGUGUGUUUAACAAGAAGUGA